AAACGUCAACGAAACAUUCCUCAAGGCCGUCCUUUGCCUUUGCCGCGACUGCUGUCGUCUCUUGACAACGCUCAGCUUCAAUCUAUCAUUCUCGGCCUAACAGAACGCCAUCCACAGCUCCUGGGCGAGGUCCAAUCUCUUGCCCCACGUCCCACCAUAACCUCCUCUAUCUCAGUCCUCCACCGCCUCGAAGCCGCAGUUCGGGAAGCGUUCCCAUACGGCGGAGACCCGGCUGGUGACUACGCAUACAACCGCGUCCGUCCCUGCCUGAACGAAUUACUCUCGGCAUUGAUGGAUUACACACCCCACUUCCUCCCACCCCACGAACCUCACUUCGACACCUCCCUCUCCUUCCUCGACGAAGCGACCCACAUCAUCCACCGUCUCCCAAAUUGGUCAAAUCCACUCCACAACAUCUCGAAACGACAAGCAUACGAGGAAAUGUGCGGAGCGUGGAUAAGCGUGUUCAGGGACGCUAUCGGCAAGAGCAGUGGCGUGGGCUUGGUGAGGGGUGGAUGGGUUGAGAAGGUCGAGCAGCAUAAUGAGGUUGCGGGAGGACGGUUGGGGAGUGUUGUUGAGUAUCUGAGGGGGGAGGUUGGGUGGUUGAGGGCGGUGGAGCAGCAGCAGGAGCAGCAGGGUGGA